UGUGCAUUAGGUUUGUCUGUGUAAGCUGACUAGACGUUUAGAGUCAAUGUCUUUACUGUACGCUUUUACUUUGAGCCUCAUAACGCUGGAAUAACGGUUUCCUGUGUGAUAGUAACCGCACGGAUUGCAACGAAUCACAGGGUGGACCAGAGCUAGAGCUGAUUUGGUCUGGGCUGAAAAACACCACACCUUUUUGUGGGACUAGUUCACCCAUAGGGGUUGCAUCAUAGUCCACUGGAUACUUCCAUUCCGUUACAUGGAAUAGUUCUGGAUCCAAAUCCCAAUUUUGGUUUUUCUUCCUCUUCACGGAUGGCAUGGAUUUGAAAGAAACUUGAUUUUUCUUGACGUGUUUGGAAACUUGUGGGAAAUACGAAGUAACUGUUAAAGUCUGGUGUUGUUCCAAAGAUGGAGCAGCAAGCAGCUGGAGGGGAGGACCCAAACAAACCCUCCAAAAAGAAAACCAGUGAGGACGAGAGUAAAAACAAAAAGUUGAACAUACACAUAAAAACAUUGGCUGAUGACAUGCGUGACAGAAUCACCAGUUUUCGAAAGCAAGGCACGAAGAAGGAGAAGCUUCUCAUCCAGCACCCCACAGACCCCAUCUACACCCUGACUGAGCUGCCUAUGCCCCAGCCGUUCUUCGACGAACGCUCCAUGAACCUGUCAGAGAAAGAGAUUAUCGACUUGUUUGAGAAGAUGAUGGAGGACAUGAAUCUAAAUGAAGAGCGGAAGGCCCCUUUGCGUGGGAAGGACUUAAGUACCAAACGUGAGAUGGUGGUCCAGUACAUUUCUGCCACAGCCAAAUCUAUAACUGGGAGCAAAGUUGCGGGUGGACUGAGGAACAGCAAGCACGAAUGUACACUCUCAUCACAGGAAUACGUGCAUGAAUUGCGCUCUGGUAUCUCCGAAGACAAACUGCUCAACUGCCUGGAGUCCCUCCGUGUGUCCUUGACCAGCAACCCUGUCAGUUGGGUGAAUAACUUUGGACAUGAGGGUCUCGGAUUGCUUUUGGACGUGCUGGAGAAGCUUCUUGACAAGAAACAGCAAGAGAACAUUGACAAGAAGAACCAGCAUAAACUCAUUCAAUGCCUCAAGGCCUUCAUGAACAAUAAGUAUGGGCUGCAAAGGAUCUUGGGGGAUGAACGAAGCCUUCUCCUCCUGGCGAGGGCCAUUGAUCCCAAGCAGACGAAUAUGAUGACUGAGAUCGUCAAGAUUCUGUCAGCCAUCUGUAUCAUUGGAGAGGAGAACAUUCUGGAUAAGAUCCUGGCAGCCAUGACCAUUGCAGCGGAGAGGAAUAAUAAGGAGAGGUUUGCUCCGAUAGUGGAGGGACUGGAGAACCAUGACGCUCAGCAGCUACAGGUAGCAUGCAUGCAGCUGAUCAAUGCCCUCGUUACCUCCCCGGAUGAUUUAGACUUCAGGAUACACUUACGAAAUGAGUUCCUGCGUUGCGGACUCAAGAAGAUCCUACCAGAACUGAAAGAGACUGAGGAGCUCGACAUUCAGCUGAAGGUGUUUAAUGAAAAUAAGGAGGAGGAUUCCAUCGAGCUGUCACACCGACUAGAUGACAUCCGCGUCGAGAUGGAUGAUAUGGGUGAAGUGUACCAUCUCCUGUCCAACAUGGUGAAAGACACAGGCUCAGAACCUUACUUCCUAUCCAUCCUUCAGCACCUGCUGCUCAUCAGGAAUGAUUAUUAUAUCAGGCCUCAAUAUUACAAGGUGAUAGAGGAGUGUGUGUCCCAGAUCGUCCUCCACCGCAGUGGCAUGGACCCUGAUUUCGGCUACAGGGAGAGGCUAGAUGUAGACUUUAGUCACCUCAUCGAGCAAUGUGUGGAUAAAGCUAAAGUGGAAGAGAGCGAUCAGAGAGCGGCUGAAUUCUCAAAAAAGUUUGACGAGGAGUUCAGCGCACGGCAGGAAGCGCAGGCCGAGCUGCAGAAACAAGAGGAGAAAAACAAAGCGCUAGAGGCGCAGAUCAACACUCUACAGGCCCAGUUGACUAGUGAGAGAGACAAGCUAAAAGAGGCAGAGAAAUGCAUCAGCGAAAGAAGCAAGGUUGCGUCUGGAUCUGGAGCUGCUGGUGCCAUUCCUCCAUCACCCCCACCACCAGGUGCACCACCACCUCCUCCGCCCCCUCCACCACCCCCAUUUGCAAAUGGAGGUAUACCACCUCCUACUCCCCAACCAGCAUGUGUGGGACCUCCACCACCGCCACCUCCACCCGGGUGUGGUCCUCCACCUCCACCCCCACCUCCUGGUGGAGGGCCUCCCCCACCUCCGGGUAUGGCUCCUCCCCCAACUGUUGUCCAGCUGCCUUACGGGCUGGUGCCCAAGAAGAUCUACAAACCUGAGACUGUCAUGAAGCGGGUGAAUUGGUCGAAGAUAGUGCCUCAGGAGAUGGCGGAAAAUUGCUUUUGGCUCAAAGUCAAAGAGGAGCGCUUUGAGAACACAGACAUGUUCGGCCAACUUUCACUCUCCUUCUCUUCCAAAUCCAGAGUGAAAAAGGAAGUGGAUGAAACAGAUGACAGGAUGACACAAUUCAAGAAAAAAGCGAAAGAGCUACGAAUUCUGGAUGCCAAGACAGCCCAGAAUCUGUCAAUUUUCCUCGGAUCAUUCCGGCUGCCUUAUGAAGAGAUACGGAAUAUCGUGCUGGAGGUGGAUGAGGAGAGGCUAAGUGAAGCGCUAAUCCAGAACCUGAUCAAGAACCUUCCUGAGCAAAAGGAACUGAGCAAUCUUGCUGAGCUGAAGAAUGAAUACGAGGAGCUUUGUGAGUCAGAGCAAUUUGGCAUUGUGAUGAGCUCAGUGAAGAUGCUGCGUCCUCGAUUGAAUGGGAUCCUGUUCAAACUGACAUUUGAGGAGCAGGUGAACAACAUCCGGCCAGACAUCAUGAACGUGACAUUCGCCUGCGAGGAGGUAAAAAAGAGUGAGGGUUUCUGCAUGCUGCUGGAACUGGUGCUGCUGAUCGGGAAUUACAUGAAUGCCGGCUCCCGAAAUGCUCAGACGUUCGGUUUUAACGUCAGCUUCCUCUGCAAGCUUCGUGACACAAAGUCAACAGACCAGAAUAUGACUCUUUUGCACUUCCUGGCUGAGAAGUGUGAAGAAAAGUAUCCUGAGAUCCUCAAGUUUCCUGAUGAGCUCCAGCAUGUGGAGAGUGCAAGUAAAGUGACUGCCCAGAUCCUGAAAGCCAGCCUGGACACUAUGGAACGCCAUAUCCAGAGGCUGGAGAAUGACAUCCAGAAUUUCCCCAAGACCGAUGACAAGCAAGAUAAGUUUGUGGAUAAAAUGUCUGGUUUCUCUAAGCAUUCGCGAGAGCAGUAUGAGAAGCUCUCCACAAUGCACAAGAACAUGCAGAAACUCUACGAGAGCCUGGGAAGCUACUUUGCCUUCGACCCGCACACCGUCAGCAUCGAGGACUUCUUCGGAGACCUGGCUAACUUCCGCAGCCUCUUCAUGGAUGCUGUUCGGGAAAACCACAAGAAGAGGGAGAUGGAGGAGAAGAUCAAGAGAGCCAAGCUAGCUAAGGAGAAGGCUGAGCGAGAGAAGCAAGAGAGACAGCAGAAGAAGAAACAGCUGAUUGACAUGAACAAAGAAGGUGAUGAGACAGGCGUGAUGGACAGUCUGAUGGAGGCCCUGCAGUCUGGAGCAGCCUUCCGUGACCGCAGGAAACGAACCCCACGCAACGGUGAUCAAAGCCCUUCCUGUUCUGCACCUCGGUGGCCGGGUGCUAACCAUGACAACCGUCGCACUGGUUUGGAAAGAUCCCGUUCGCGCCACAAUGCAAACCCUAUGGUCCGAUGAUCGCUUGCCGGCUAAGGACGUUUGCCAAGUGCCAAAGACCCAAGAGUGGGGACACUGAGGAGGGCUGAACAGGGAUUGAGAGAAUCUGUAAUAGCCCCUCCUGGCAUUUCUUGCACACCCAUCAUUCACAUACCUACACAUCAGCAUGCAUACAGAACGCAGAACAAACCUCUUUGAAAAGACAUGAUCACCUGUUCCAGACCUGUUACUUCAUCAGAUAACCAUGACCCUUUCUCCUCUCUGCCUUAAAUACCUGUACAAUUUGAUCUUACUUCAUGUUGUGCUUCUUUUCAUAGGGACUGUUAGAUUUAGGAGUGUUUGAGAUUUGUCUUUGUUUGUUAUUUCCCUGACUGCACCGGUUCUCUUUAUGUCUCAAUGCAUCUCCCGACGCUAACUCCCCUGAUCUGGCUCACAUCCAUCCCUCUAUCUGUAAACAAUCAAAUGAUUGGCUGCAGUUUGAGCUCUCACGAUUAAAAUGUUCAAGCGCAUACACACUCUUCUUGUUGACAGAGGGUCAAAAGCACCAGAGAGGACUGCGUGGUUCUGUAUGCAUAUCAGUGAAUGGACUUUAUUCACUGCAUUGAUUGAACAAAAACCUUGGCUUGAUUGAUUCCGCCACCCCUUCUGCUAUUUAUUCUACAUGACAGAUAAUGUUUAGAUUUUCAGUAAUUCCUUCACAUUUCACCAUCAGCCCUGCUCUGCAACAUACAAUCUCUGAUCACUGCCACUCAUCAUAUAUUACAGAAUAUAUACAUGGAGCAACAUGAAAAAAGCUGCUGAUUUUAGCAUCAGUGCUUCGGUGUGUAGACAUCUGUGCUGUGUAGAAGCUGCCAUAAGGUACCUGUGGUGGUUGAAAGAUAUUGCUUUGUAACAACAGUAAACACUUCAAACAAAUGUAGACAUUUUGAAUGCAAAGUCAAAGGUUUUAUUAAGCGAAUCUGCUGGUUAUGUGAAGCAAACAGGAAUCAAAGAGAUGCCAUUGAUUUUCUUUUUUCAAACAUUUCACAGGAUUUCUUUUGAUUCCUUUCGAAGUCACUGUGCUUAUAGCAUUUAGUGUUCUUGUAAAGAGUAUUUUAGUGAACUGUAGCUUAGUGUUUUGUCAAGAUCCACUGGUCAUCUUUAAGAGCUCUCAGAUGUGCAACCUCUUCAUCCCCUCCACGUUUUACCACGCCAUCUCAGCCCUGUCUCAGAUUUGAAAAGCGCAAAGCAGUUGUCCAAAACAUUAUCAAGGAUCAGAUUUACUCUACUAGACAUCUUUAGCACCUCCUUUGUACUCAAAGCUCAUUUUAGUGUGAAUCUUUCAUCUUUUGUGAAAUAUGUACUGUAUGUAAUCAGAAUUUUCCAGAUAAUGCCUAAAGUCUUGCAUAAGUACAUAUUAACCGGAUUCCAGUGAAGAGGCCUCAGAUGUAGAAUAGUGAUGUAGAAGCAGUGUUGACAACAUUGUGGCUGUCGUCAUGUGAAAACCAUUAGCAAAAACACUCUGCCACCUCCCCAAACACUUGCUUGUGGCAGCAGUAGUCAUUUGCCAUGUUUUUGCCCCCCAUUUCCAUAACACUGCAGGCAAACUAUAUGCAAAACAGUGUAUUCUCUCUUUUGGAUGACUGGAGCAAUGCUGCCUAACAUACUGGUACAUGUCUCACUGAAGUUCCAGCGAAGGCAAUGUGAGUUUGCACACCCAAUGCUUUCCUGGCCCCAAUGUCCCACCAGAAUCUAUUUUUUGCCCAUGCCCAUGCCCAUGCUUUUAAACAAACCCUGUUACUCCAGCCUUCUUUUCAUACUGUGAUUGUCAUGCACUCUCAAGAGAGAGGAAAGGUUGAAAUGCAAUGUUUCGCAAUCCAUUGAUUUUCUUUUCUAAUUAAAACUGCCCUUUGAAUGGUUUCCAGAGCCACACAAAAGAAGCUGUGCUGCUCACACGGCUCGCACUACCGGCUAUUUAAAACUCAUGUUAAUGGUAAUUACAGCAUUUACACACUGUCAGUACAGAAGGAUUCAACAUGCAGUUUACCAGUCUGAUCUGACUCAGAGACCUAUAACAUUCAUUAAUCUGACAGACAGCAUCACUGGCAAACAAAAAUAUGUAACAUUUGUAAUAAUUUUAAAAUUUUAUUUUGCCGAAAUUGGUUUUGAUAUAUGUGCCAAAAUUUGACAAUGAAAAAAGUAACUAGACUGAAAUUGUAUACAUUAUUAAUAUUGUUAUGAAUGAAAAGGAGAGUAAGAGGGAAUAACUGAUCAGUUGAAACUGAUUAGUUAAAAUCACACUAAUAUGAAGCUUCUGUUUGGUAAAAGUAAAGUGAUGAAUUGAUCAUACAGUACAUGACCAAUGGAUGGAUACCUAGCAGCAAUUCAACCCUUCAUAAACACUGACGAGAGGCCGAGCUCUUUCCAGAGAGAACUACAGCCCAUUGAUAGGAUAUAGAUUAUUCAUCAUUUUACAAUGCUAAUGUCAAAUGUCUUCGAAAUGUUCUUUAAAAUGGUGUGUAAUUUAUAGAUAGUUUUUUCUCUUUGUCCUAAAAAAACACUUUUAUUUUAUGCCAUGCAGUGAUAGACCCCUCCAUUUGUGAUCUUGGUGUUAAACUUGUGUAUUACUAAAGGCUAAUAUAUGUGUCAUGUAUUUGAUGAGAAUAUUUUAGAGAAUAUAUCAUAAUGCAGGUUAGAGUCUGCAUAUGACUGACUGUGUAACGUGUUAAAGUCAGAUCCAAUUCUUAAAUGGAUACAAGACAGAGGUCAGAAGGAGGCAAGAAAAUAUGAAGUUACUAGUGCCAUUUAUCUACAUUUCCUCAAUGUACUCAGUUCCGAUUAUAUGAUGGUGCACUUUAACUUGUUAAAUAUAGACCUGGAGCAAUCUUUUAAUUUGUGAUAUUCCUUAGCAUAUCAUUGCCAAAAUAGACCUAUUGCAUGUGUGGUAACUGUUCUUGACAAGUGAUUCAAUCUCCAUUCUAUUCAAAUUCUCCCCCAGUCUCUCUCAUUCCUUCUCACUGUAAUUGGCACUUGGAACUAGAUCAAAAUUAAAUGGGUAAGAACAAUUACAGUACAACUGUCUCAGGACAUUGUUUUAUUUUUUAGGUAAUGUAAGAUUCCAUAGCCCUGCCUUCUUUUUACCAUUGUGUUUUAUUGUCUUCUAAGCAAUUUAUAUUUGUAAUAUCUUUGUUUAUUUUUAUCUGUGACUUAAAAAAGUGAAAAUGGUUAUGCACACUGUACCUGAGUAUGUAACAAAAUAUCAUACUAAAAAAUA